UUUAUACUUCCUACAACGGUUUUGUUUAUAAUUUUUUGAAGAUGCAGUGUGAAAUAUGCCAGUCACAAUCUUUUAAAUACUCAUGUCCAAGAUGUAACAUCAAAUACUGUUCGCUAGAUUGCUACAGAUCAGAAAAUCAUGGACAAUGUUCUGAAGCAUUUUAUAAAGAAUGUGUCCUUGAUGAGCUACAACAUCAAAAAGCAAAUAAAGAUGAUACGAGAAAAAUCUUAGAAAUGUUGCAGAGAAUCGAAGAUGAACCAGAACAAGACUUUGAAAGUUUGGAUUCAGACGAUGAUGAAAGCGAUGUUGGUGAUCUUGAAGAACGAUUGGCAGAAGUAAAUUUGAACAAUGCAGAUGCAGUUUGGGAUAAACUGACGGAUGAAGAGAAACAGGAGUUUAAAAGCAUAGUUUUUAAUGGAGAAAUCGAUAAAAUUGUUCAGCCUGUGAAACCGUGGUGGAACAAUCAUUUGGAUGAGAAAUUAGUUCGAGAUAUUCAAGAAGAUGAAAGAAAAAUCACAGAAAUCUUAAAAGAAUGUCCAAAAGUCUUUGCUAAUGUUAAAGAGUUUCAGAAAAUUUCAACAAAGAAACCAGCAGCUUGCAUAAUUUACAACAUUGCCAAUGUGAUUGCUGCUUACACUUACAUAUUUCGCUAUUACAAUGGAGACCACAACAGUUAUGAUCUGGAAGCAAGCAACAAUCUUAUAACAAUUUGUGAAAACUUGAAGUCGAAUGCAAACUUUGAUUCAAUUUCAUUGGCAGUUGAUUCUGUUAUGAUGGAAUGUCACAAUGCAAAUUUAUUCUCCGAUUUAUCGACCAAAGAUGCAAUGCAUGAAGAUUUAAAAGAGAUUUUCAAUGGUCCUGGAAGCAAAUCACAUGAAAAAUCUUACAUUUUGUCGGUUUUGAGUGAUAUAAUAAAUCUUUUCAAAUCAGCCAAACAAAGUUAUCGACAAAACAAUCCAAAGGAAAAAACUUCCGCUGAAGGUGGAACGAAGAAAACUUUUUCGUCGGAGUUCUUUGCAAACGAUGCUCUUGGUAACUUCAAGCAACUUGAAAAUCAAACACAUUUUACAGGAUGCUUAAAAAAGAUCGAAUUUUACUUAUCAUUUACCAAGUUUUGUUAUAAUAUUAAAGAAUGGCCUGUGAUUUGGGAAAUGUUGUAAAUUUAGAAAAUUUUUGAUAAUAAAUUUAUUUAGUGAUGAACAUUUUGAGCCAGGAAACAAAAUGUGAACUUUCAUAUUUUAGUUGACUCAAGCCAAAUGAACCUAACUUUGGAGUUUUCAUGACAAGACUAUCAACACCUUGAAUGUCAACUUCCAAUUUCUUGUAAGACAUAACGAUGAAU